AUGGAAGAAUCAAUAAAGAUUGCCAAGCUAUGCAAUAUUGAAGGAGAGUAUACAAAACCAGUGCUAACAAGCAAAGAAGCUGACGCCCAGAAAAGAUAUAAAGAGGAUCUAUUAUAUUGGCAACGUGCUGACUCUAAAUGCCAAAAACUGAUAGUAACAUCGGUUGACAACGGUCCAAUGCAAUACCUGAUUAACUGUAAAACAUCUUACGUAAAGGACUCGGCUGACGAUAUGUCGACGCAUAUUACCAAAUUGCAAAACCUACAGAAUCAACUUAGUUUGAUGGGACAACCAGUCACAGAAUCUAUGCUUAUGACGAAAAUUCUAAUGACUUUGCCAUCGGAGUAUAAACAUUUUUACAGUGCAUGGGACUCAAUGCAGCUAGAAAGUAAGAAUUUAAAUGAACUAACAUCUCGGUUACUUAUUGAGGAGUCGAGAAUGAAUCAAGGUAGUUCGGUAGUUGAAUCU